AUGGAAUAUGAAGUCAAGAAAGGGAAGAAGGGUUUUGUGGCCCCCAUCCGCAGGCUUGUGUUCCCCAAGGCCGCACGCAGGGCCGCCUGUCGGAGCAGCGUGAGCCGCAGGCCACUGCACUCCAUGCCCCUGUAUCCUCCCGACUAUCUCAUUGAUCCCCAGAUUCUGCUGUGUGACUAUUUGGAGAAAGAGGUAAAGUUCCUGGGCCACCUCACCUGGGUGACUUCCUCCCUGAACCCCUCCAGCCGCGAUGAGCUCCUGCAGCUGCUGGACACCGCCAGGCAGCUGAAGGAGCUGCCGCUGAAGACCACUGCGGAGCAGGACAGCAUCCUGAGCCUGUCGGCCCGCUGCCUGCUGCUCACCUGGCGAGACAACGAGGAGCUCAUUCUGCGCAUCCCCACGCACGAGAUCGCUGCUGCCUCCUAUCUGCAGGACGACGCGCUUCACCUGCUGGUGUUAAAGACCGGUACAGCGGGCGGGGGCCGGUGGCGGGGCCUGGAGGAGCUGGGAAGCGGUGGCCUUGAGGAUGGAGGGGACCUGAGGCUGGGUAGAAAUGGCCUGGUCACACCACCUGGAGGCCAGGAGGCCAAGCCGGGCGGCAGCUGGGAGAGGAGGCAGGCGGGUGGCGGCGGAGGCGGCAGCUGGGAGCGGCGCCACCCGGGUCUCAACCCGCUCGACCCGCAGGACCCCAGCCCUGACGCUUACUGCAACCUUGUCAUCCUGGCUGUGGCUAACAGGGACGCUGCAGAGGAAUCCUGUGCCCUUAUCUGUCAGGUGUUCCAGAUCAUCUAUGGGGACCAGAGCAUUGAGUGUGUGGACCGGGCUGGCUACCACUACACGUCUACACCCGAAAGGCCGUGGCUCUGCAGCCGCAGUGAGAGCUUCCACACGGACGGAACUUACGCCUAUGAUGCCGACUUCAGCUGCUGCAGCUCCUUGUAUGUGCCACACAUCCUGGGGACCCCACUCUCUCUCCGAUCCAACACAGGGUCCCUCUUCCAGGCAAUGUUGGGCCUUCUCAAUGGCUCCCAGGACACCUUUGAAGCUUGUUACAGUGGCACAUCCACGCCUUCCUUCCACGGCUCGCACUGCAGCAGCAGCGACCACAGCGGCCUUGGCCUUGAGCAGCUGCAGGAUUACAUGGUCACGUUGAGGAGUAAGCUGGGGCCCCCUGAGAUCCAGCAGUUUGCCAUGCUGCUGCGGGAGUACCGCCUGGGGCUGCCCAUCCAGGACUACUGUGCGGGCCUGCUGAAGCUGUACGGAGACCGGCGCAAGUUCCUCCUGCUGGGGAUGCGCCCCUUCAUCCCGGAUCAGGACAUUGGCUACUUCGAGAGCUUCAUAGAGGGCGUGGGCAUCCGCAAGGGCGGCAUCCUCACCGACAGCUUUGGCCGCAUCAAGCGCAGCAUGAGCUCCACUUCGGCUUCUGCUGUGCGCAGCUACGAUGGCGCCGCCCAGCAGCCCGAGGCGCAGGCCUUCCACCGGCUGCUGGCCGACAUCACCCACGACAUCGAGGCGCUGGCUCCGGACGACGACGAGGAAGGCGAAGAUGAGGACGCUCCAGGCGGGAUCGAUGCAGCUGAAGACAACUAUCUGUAG